GUUCAUCGUAUAACACGGGCGCAUAAUAUCAUUCAGCGAUGAGUCAUUCAUUCAUUCUGUCAUGCUUUGCUUUCCAUGGACAAGUCGGCCGGGAUAUAUAGAGAUAUAUCACACAUACACCACAUCCCCUGCAAUGUGACGCGACACGCAUACAAGGCAAGGCAGCCAGCCAUAUUGAUUGAUUGAUUGACACAGGCCAAAACGGAAAGAGGGCGCCGCAGCCAAACACACGGACGCAAAGGCAAUGAGUGUACCCAUAUACACAGCCAGCCAGCCAGCCAGCCAGCCAACCAUGCUCUCUCCCUCCAAACAGCACCGUUGCUACACUGCGCAACCUGACACACAAGGCCGAGAGAGAGUGAGCGGGAAUUCUUCUUCUGCAGUCAUUGCUGGGUGCCUUGCUCCCUCACCUAUCGGUCGAAGAUCAUCCGCGCAACAGCGGACCCCAGUGCCACACGGGCCAGUCGGGUGGUCACCGGAUGGCGGUUCUUGAACGCCUCACCCACACCAGACACGGGCGGCUCAGUCGUGUAGACAGUGACGCCCACUGCAUCAACACAAACGAAAACCAGGGACUAACGUGAGUGCUCCAUUGCGGGCUGUGCUGUCCAGUGCCAUGCCUACCAGGGUCACCGACCAUCGGCAGCUCCACAAGUUGGACCCACGCGACGAAGGCAUGGCUGGCGUCCGUCAACACGAGCCGACGGUACCAGUUGACAUCGUCGCUGGAGGCGUUGAGGAAGGCGGUGGUGCUGCUGCAUCCCGCCACUGGUGCGUGAGGGGACUGCGUCAUCAGGUUGUGCAGCCGAUGGUUGUCCACACGACUGAGGACAACACCAGAGACCCGCAGACAUGCCCCGUGAGUGAAGGUGGUCAAGCCAGGGCCUCACGCACCUUCCAAUCGCCUUUUCCGUUCUGCUGAUCUGAGGAUUGUACAGGACGAUGUCCGUGACGGACGACGACAGAGAUGAGUACCGGAUGCCAGCACCGCCCAUCCCCCCCCAGCCGUACCCCGGGGCAUAAGCCAU